AUGGAUAGAGAGUGGGGUUCGAAGCCUGGAAGCGGUGGCGCCGCCUCCGCCCAGAAUGAGGCCAUUGACCGCCGUGAGCGGCUGAGACGACUGGCGCUCGAAACCAUCGAUCUAGCUAAAGAUCCGUAUUUCAUGCGCAACCACCUUGGCAGCUAUGAGUGUAAGCUAUGUUUGACUUUGCACAACAAUGAGGGAAAUUACUUGGCGCACACACAGGGGAAGCGGCAUCAGACAAACUUGGCCAAGCGAGCGGCUCGUGAAGCCAAGGAGGCACCGGCUCAGCCACAGCCUCAUAAGCGCAAAAUCUCACUUAAAAAAUCCGUUAAAAUUGGUAGACCUGGAUACCGUGUGACAAAGCAAUUUGACCCAGAGACGAAACAGAGGUCUCUACUUUUCCAGAUUGAAUAUCCUGAGAUUGAAGACAAUACAAAGCCACGUCACCGAUUUAUGUCUUCCUUUGAGCAGAAAAUACAAGCCUUUGAUAAAAGAUAUCAGUUUCUCUUGUUUGCAGCUGAACCAUAUGAAAUUAUUGCUUUUCAGGUUCCAAGUACAGAGAUUGAUAAAUCAACCCCCAAGUUUUUCUCACACUGGGACCCUGACUCUAAAAUGUUCACGCUGCAGUUAUACUUCAAGACAAAGCCACCAGAGGCAAAUAAACCUCCACCUCCUCCUGCAGCCAAUGGGACUUCAGCUCCUGGUGCCCCUCCAAGGCCGCCUCCACCCCAAGAUCUGCCCCCACCACCACCUCCUCCACAAGGACACCCUCCCGGAGCACCUACUGGAAAUGUUCCCAGGCCUUUGCCACCGCCGCCUCCUAUGGCUAAUGGCCCUCGCCCUAUGCCUCCAGGUGCUAAUUUACCUGCUCCACCGCCUCCCCCAGUUGGUGGUGGUUCAAUGGCAAAUUUUACUCCUGGCAUGCAAAUGGGAAGGCCUCCUAUGCAGCCACCUCAAAGUUUUGCAGGGCAACAAAUGCAUGGCCAGGGGGUACAUCCUCCCCCUCCACCUCCCAACAUGGGUUAA